AUGCUUUCUCCCGUGUCUCGCGUCGUCCUCGCAACGAGCUUCCUCUCUGGAACCCUCGCCCAAACCUUCGACUUCAGCAGCCUCCCGAAAUGUGCACAGGCGCCCAUCCUUGACACCAUCGGCAAGAGCAAGUGCGAUCCAAGCAGGCCGCAGUGUCUGUGCGGCGAUGAUGCCGUUAUCAGUGACCUGGUUCCUCUCAUUGCCCAGGCGUGUAGCGGCGAAGACAUGAUGAAGGCUGUGGCGUUCGGUCGCGCGCUUUGCCCAAAUCUAUCGACCCAGAGCGUAGUGACGAUUACGGGUGAAAAAACGACCAUGACGAUCAAUGUCGACCAGAUGACCGCUGCUACCUCGACACUUGCUGCACCGACCACGCCAGCGGAGACUUCUGCGGUGGCAAAGAGCACGUCCAGCGCCGAACCCAGUAACUCGGCCUCGACUGAGCCAACAUCUUCGGUAGUUGCGGGCAAUGGCACCAAUAGCACUAGUCCAGAACAGUUCCACGGCGACGCACCUGAGUUCGGGCCUGUGCGCUUGUGGUCGAUGGUCGUUGGGAUCCUUAUGAUUGGUAUGACCUUUGCGGAGCUGUAA